CGGCGGCUAGCUUCACAGCAGACAGACACAGCUACUCUGGAGAGGAAUGCGGCACUCAUAGCCACUACAAUUAAAACUCAAGGUAUCACUCCCAUCAUCAUUCAGUCAGCACGCCAUGGCUGGCUUCAGGCAAGAGGAUGUUGAGUUAUAUUAUGAGAUGGGAGAGGAGCUGGGCAGCGGACAGUUUGCUAUCGUCCGUAAGUGUAAGGAGAAGAGCACGAGCAUCGAGUACGCGGCCAAGUUCAUCAAGAAGCGGCGGCUGUCCUCCAGUCGUCGGGGGGUGAGCCGCGAGGAAAUCGAGCGUGAGGUCAACAUCCUGCGGGAGAUACAGCACAGCAACAUCAUCACUCUGCACGACAUCUUCGAAAACAAGACCGACGUGAUCCUGAUCCUGGAGCUGGUGUCCGGAGGAGAGCUGUUUGACUUUCUGGCCGAGAAGGAAUCUCUGACCGAGGAGGAGGCCACCCAGUUUCUCAAACAGAUCCUGGACGGCGUUCAGUAUCUUCACUCCAAACGCAUCGCUCACUUUGACCUCAAGCCUGAGAAUAUAAUGCUGCUGGACAAGAACGUCCCCAACCCCAGGAUCAAGCUGAUCGAUUUUGGGAUUGCUCAUCAGAUUAAAGCAGGAAACGAGUUCAAGAACAUCUUUGGGACGCCAGAGUUUGUUGCGCCAGAAAUAGUCAACUAUGAGCCACUUGGACUGGAGGCGGACAUGUGGAGUAUAGGCGUAAUCACAUACAUUCUGUUGAGCGGUGCUUCUCCGUUUCUGGGCGAGACCAAACAGGAGACCCUGACAAACAUCUCCGCUGUCAACUAUGACUUUGAUGAAGAGUAUUUCAGCAACACCAGCGAGCUGGCCAAAGACUUCAUACGACGUCUGUUGGUCAAAGAUCCAAAGAAGCGAAUGACAAUUGAUGACAGUCUUGAACACCCCUGGAUUAAGGUCAUUAAGAGGCGGAACGUGCGCCAGGAGGAAAGAGACCACAAGCCUGAGCGCCGGCGCCUGAAGACCACUCGUCUGAAGGAGUACACCAUCAAGUCCCACUCCAGCAUGCCACCCAACAACACCUACGUCAACUUCGAACGCUUCUCUCAGGUGCUCGAGGAGAUCGCGGCAGCCGAGGAGGGCCUGAAGGAUCUGGAGCGCAAUCAGCGCUCGUGCCGGGAGGACGUGGCUGCGCUGCUGUCCAUAUACGAGGAGAAGGAGGGCUGGUACAAAGAGGAGAACCAAAGCAUCUCCAGCGACCUGAGCCACAUCCGCCAAGACCUGCAGCGCACCCAAACCCAACGCAAGAAGAGCCAGGAGGAGGCUCGGCUCACCAUGCAGGCCGCCAACAUCCUCAAGCGCAAGUUCGGGCGCCUGGAGAACCGCUACGAGGUGCUGGCUGAGCAGGUGGCGUCUGAGGUUCGCUGGGUGGAGGAGUUGGUCAAGUCCAUAUCUGCAGAGAAGGACGGUCUCAGCUCUGGCAGCAUGCCCUGAGCUCGGCCCACGUCCAAAACAAAAACAUUUUCAUUGUCAAGUACCCUCCUGCCCGUCUACUCCGCAUGUGUCUGACGCUACGGAGUUCACGUGGGUCAGUUGUCAUCAUAAGCUACGCUGCUGCCCGCCGGGGGAAAAUGUUACAACUUUUAUGUCACGCUUAAGAGAAUCAGGAAGCAGAGAGGCAAUGUAUUGAACCCAUCCCCCCAUGAAAAGGCUCAUUCCUGUGUUUUAUAAAUUGAUUUGUAAUUUUUGACAUUUUAUGUACUGUAAUUUGACAUUUGUCAUGCAUAGUAGUGAAGAAAAUUAUUUUUAAACUAUAUUGGCAGUUUUUGCAAUUCUCUUUUUUUUGUUAGCCUGAUUUUUAAAAUUUCACACCUACUACUCAUUUUCCUUUUGCUGUAAAAGCCAUAGAUGUCUUCUCAUGUGCUCAUGCCUCAGGUUAUCAGUCAGUUAUGUGAGAAAUCUUCACAAUAUCCAGUUCAAAGUGUCAGGUUUGCACAGAAUUCAGGGGUAUUUAUGUGUUUGCUUAUGUGCAUUUCAGAUAAUAUGCAAUAAACAUAAACCUACAAUGUAUAGAAGAAAGAUUAAGUAUUGUAUAAACUCAUCAUUGCAGUGCCUGUAAACUGAUCCAACCUUAUUGCCUCUGCGAACACUCACCUGUCAUCGAGUUCAUGACAUUUUUAUCACACUGAUAUCGCUCGAUGUCUUAAAUGCAACAACUUUUGCACAGUAGCCUUGUUAACCAAAUAGUGUGCAUGGAAACUUUCUCUAUAUGCUGUUAUAUAACUGUUGGUUUUUCCGUUUUGACUCUCCAUCUCCAUAUUUGCACACUUUAAACAUUCCACUGAUUUAAGUUUUUACAUCUUGGUAUCACAUUCCCCCAUGUAUAGCAUAGAAAGUAUAUUCAGUAGUAUUUUUCAGUAGAGAAAUGUACUCGUUUGCACUUAAAUGAUUAUAGCAGUGUUCCAAAAUAUAUUUUCAGUCUCUUAGGUGUAACAACAAUUGACUCCACUUGUUUCAAAAUAAAGUUACGAC